AUGUCAAAGAAUAGUGGGAUUAGAGAGUCGAGAGCCACGGACAUCUCUCUCCUUGCACCAGCUGUUUCUCAACCCUCCCCCCCUUCUCCCUCUCCCUCUCAACCCCAGGUGUUCCCCCUACUGUUCAUCAUAAUUCUCAUCGUGUGGGAGGCAAUGAACAUGCAGGUAGACACCUUUGCAGCCAUGGACAUCUUUCCUACCGAGGUGUUCCCCCUUCUGUUCAUCAUAAUUCUCAUCGUGUGGGUGACGAUGAACAUGCUGGCAGACACCUUUGCAGCCAUGGACAUUUUCCUUAUUGAGGUGCAGCUGCUCGCCAUGGUCGCCAACUUCAACCUCAACUUCCCCGCCUCCUGGGUCAAGACCGUCGUGCUGCUAUACAACAUCGCUGCGUUUGAUCCCGUGAGUUUUCCUGCCGUUGUCACUGUGAGUGGCUCUCAAAGAUGGGUCAAGUCAAGACUGUCGUAA